AUGAAUCGAAGAAUUGAAUGCAGGAGUGAAGGCUGCACAAACGAGGUCUUGUAUAAGACUCUCGACGGCAACUUUGUCGACCCCCACGACAGGAGGAACGGCGGUGGCAGGCCCCCGAUCUCUCCCACCGGUCGGGGAUCGCCCCCUGGUCCGCAUCACCGAUACUCGAAUGGUUCAAUCCAGGUGUCCCCUUACUGCAAGCAGCACACCUGCAUCCAUUUCCACCUAGAAGAGCGCUGUGUCUACAAGAAGCCUCGCCAUGACACGGUCUGUGCCGUCCACACGAAAUGCCCCGUCCCAAACUGCAACCAGGCCCGCGCCCAGUUCCUCGAUCCGACCUUUGAGCCCAUUCACAAUGCUGCUCCUAGAUAUGCCCGUUACGAAGUGUGCUCAGACCACAAGUGUACCGUACCGCGAUGUCCUGCCAGGAGGGCUUCGCCGAGGAGCACCUUUUGCCAAGCACGAGAAGACGGUUGCCAGGCCGAAGGCUGCACGCGCCAGCGCCAGGAGCAGCGGAACUGCUGUGAGACCCAGCCAGGGUGUGAAACGAAUGGUUGUGGGGAGGCAAGACACUUUUCUGCCAAAACGAACGAGUAUCUUGCACAUUGCCUUAACCGUAAGCCGAUAUAUCCCUAUCACCUCAUCACCUACCAGAUCUGGUCUUCGUGCUGUCUGGCCUGA